GGGACACACAAGCACACCCAUCAAGUCUCAUUUCCUUCUUUUUGACAGGACUAAGCUCCUCCAAUCUUUGCUCGUGCAAACACCCUCUUUCUUGCUCUAUCUUUCUCUCUCACAAGGAAAAAAAGUCGCGAUACUAGCAAUACAUCACCAUGGCGAGCAGAAACAACUCUAUCGUUGCACCGCUUCCUGACUCUGUGGUCAAAAAGCAUGGUGUCAAGACUAUUGAGAGCAACAAUGCAGUCACCGGUGCUCAGAACCUUACUCUGAAGCAGUCGAUUAUGCCCGUCUGCCUUGUUACCAUUCUUUUCUUCUUGUGGGGGUUUGCCUAUGGACUUCUUGAUGUCCUGAACGCUCAUUUCCAAGUCGCCCUCGGCAUCACCAAGGGCCAGAGCGGUGGUCUGCAAGCCGCUUAUUUUGGUGCGUACGCCAUUGGUCCCUUGACCUACUCAGGAUGGAUCGUCAGAAGAUUCGGUUACCGCUGGGCAUUCAUCACCGGCCUCUGUAUCUACGGUGUUGGAGCUCUGAUGUUCUGGCCAUCCGGAUUGAAACGUUCCUUUGGUGGAUUCUGCGGAAGCAUGUUCAUUGUCGGAUCCGGUCUCUCGACUCUCGAGACUGCUGCCAACCCUUUCAUCGCUACCUGUGGUCCUGCAAAGUACUCUGAGUUGCGUUUGACUCUGGCCCAAGCUUUCCAGGCUGUCGGCACAGUUGUUGCACCUGUUCUGGCCAGUCAGGUCAUCUUCAAGAACGUCGACGACACCUCCCUUACGUCGGUGCAAUUCGUGUACUUAGGAAUUGCCAUCUUUGUCUUCAUCCUCGCCGUCGUCUUCUUCUUCGCUCCCAUUCCUGAGGUCACCGAUGCCGAUAUGGCUGCUCAGGCUGCAUCCAGUGGCACUCAAACAGCUUUCGAAGACAAGCCCCUUUCCAAACAAUACACUCUGUUCUUCGGUGUUGCCGCACAGUUCUGCUACGUCGGUGCUCAGUGCGCCUACGCCGGUUACUUCAUCAAUUACGUCUCUGCCGUCCGUCCCGGAACCACUCAUGCUACCGGAGCCAACCUUCUUGCAGUAGCACAAGGCUGUUUCGCCAUUGGUCGUUUCGUCGCGAGUGGUCUGCUCAAAAUUACCAAGCCUCGUCUCGUUCUCAUAGGCUUCCUUUCGGGAGUUGUUCUCUUCGCUUGCUUGACCAUGGGCCUCAAGGGCAACGCCGGCAUUGCAUCAAUCUCCCUGGUCCUAUUCUUCGAGUCUUGCGUGUUCCCCCUUAUCUUCGCUCUCUCGAUUAGAGGUCUCGGCCGUCACUCCAAGCGCGGUGCCAGUUUCAUCGUCGCUGCCGUCUCUGGCGGUGCUUUGUUCCCCCCUGUCCUCGGCACAGUCGCCGACCACAUCGGCACUCAGAAGGCCUUCUUUAUCCCCCUUAUUGGCUUUGUUAUUGCAUGGAUGUUCCCUCUUUACCUCAACCUGUUCAAGGCUAAGAGCUUGGACGGCUGGACUGAGGAGAAGGCCCCUACUUCCACCACCACCGACAAGGAUGUCGAGAGCAUGGUUGACGACGACGAGAAGAAAGGUGCAGCUAUCGAGCACCAGGAAAUUAGAGCCUAGAUAUAAGUGAUUUAGCACGAGUAUGGGGUGGUUACUUUAUUAGACGUAUGUACGAUGUACCUCCGAAUGUUAUAA